GACGCCUUACUAUCAUUUUUAAAGACAGAUAGCUCCCAGCAAUCAGAAACUAGCUAAUCAACAAGAUGCAAAAGGAAAACACCAUGAUGACAGAGAACUGUCAGUUUGUCGGUCCAUAUCGCUUGGAAAAGACACUUGGUAAGGGUCAAACAGGUCUUGUAAAAUUGGGCGUACAUUGUGUGAUUGGGAAAAAAGUAGCAAUUAAAAUAAUAAACCGUGAAAAACUUAGCGAAUCAGUACUUAUGAAGGUUGAACGUGAAAUUGCAAUUAUGAAAUUAAUCGACCAUCCGCACGUUCUCGGCUUAAGCGAUGUGUACGAAAAUAAGAAAUAUUUAUACCUGAUACUGGAGCAUGUUUCUGGCGGCGAGCUUUUCGAUUAUCUAGUUAAAAAGGGACGACUAACACCAAAGGAGGCGCGAAAGUUUUUUAGGCAAAUUAUAUCUGCACUGGACUUCUGCCAUUCACAUUCGAUAUGCCAUCGCGACUUAAAACCCGAAAAUCUGUUGCUGGAUGAGAAGAACAAUAUUAAAAUAGCAGAUUUCGGUAUGGCCUCUCUUCAACCAGCCGGUAGCAUGUUGGAAACAUCUUGCGGAUCUCCACACUACGCUUGCCCGGAAGUUAUACGCGUAAGUUUGUUUACAUAA